CUUACUACCACUAAGGAUCAGUAUUACUGAACCAUUCAAUACGCCAUGAACAAUGGGCUGCCUGCCAAAACUAUUGUUUUAGACAAUGGUGCUUAUAAUGUGAAAGCAGGAUUUGCUGGUGGGAAUGUUUUUGAAAUACCAAAUUGCCUUACGAGGUCAAAGGAUGGGAAUCGCUUGUUUUUAGGAGACGAAUUGUCAAACUGUAAUGAUUUUACCACAUUGCAGUUUCGUAGAGCUCAUGAAAAAGGAUAUCUUGUAAACUGGAGUACAGAAACAGCUGUAUGGGAUCAAGUAAUGCGACGGUUGGGCAUUACUGAACCUAGCAUGGAUGGUCAUUCUUUAAUAUUAACACAGCCUCCGUUUACGAUGCCAUCUAUAGAACUCAACACAAUUCAGCUAGUUUUUGAAGAAUUCGGGUUUGACGCAUACUUAGCAAGUACCCCGGCAGAAUUAAUCUCAUGGGAUCAUGAAUGCUUCACAGAGGGUGAUGAAGCUUCUUACAAAAAUGCUCAUGGUGAAUGCGUUUUAGUAAUUGAUUCUGGCUACAGCUUUACCCAUGUUAUCCCCGUCAUUGAUUCCCAAAUUCAAGAGAAUGCUGUACGCAGAAUUGAUGUUGGAGGCAGGUUUUUAACCAAUUAUUUAAAAGAAGUCAUUUCUUACCGUAAAUACAACAUGAUGGAAGAGACCUAUUUAAUGAAUGAGAUCAAAGAAUCAGUAUGCUUUGUCUCCCAAAACUUCACUAAAGACCUGAAUCUCGCACAGAUGAAGCCAAAGUCUAAGUAUGACAUUCUAUACGCCCUACCCGACUAUAGUUCAGGCAAGUUAGGUCACGUUGUUAAAGACCUAAACAAAGUUACCGACCAGCAGGUUUUGAAACUUGCUAAUGAGCGAUUCGCUAGUCCCGAACUUUUAUUUUCUCCAUCCGAUGUUGGUUUACAGGAAGCCGGCAUUCCUGAAGCCAUCAUGCAAAGUGUACAAGGAUUUCCUGAAGAGAUACGGGCAUUACUUCUAGGUAAUGUCGUAACGAUAGGAGGAAACUGUAAAUUCCCCGGAUUCAACGAGCGGCUGAAUGCUGAGUUGCGAUCUCUCACACCGGAGGACGUUGACCUUCGUAUAUUUCAACCAUCCAAUCCUUCCACUUAUGCUUGGAACCGUGGAGGCCAUAUGCCUAGUGAACAUUGGAACGCUAAUAGUAUAUCUAAGUCAGAAUAUCUUGAGCAUGGCCCAAACAUUCUAUAUAGAAGAAAAAAAAUAUGAGUUAUAUAAAUAGUUUAACCUGCAUCACAUUACCAACUGUGAUAGUACUACAUUUCUUUCCUAUAAAAGCAUUUACAGCGUCCAUAAUAAGUUAAAAAACAAAGUACAACUUCAAUGUUAACG